AUGACCCGCACUCCAGUUGCUCCGCGCAAAGCACCAUUGCACAAGUCCUCUCAUCGAAACCAUGUUCUACGCGUCAAACGAGGCACUGGCAAGGAAUCGACACCUAGCGUUCACCGAUCUCCUCGUCGUUCAAGCAACAUCUUUCACUUGCGCACUGCACGCGACUCCAUCAUUGGAGACUCGGACGACGAUCAAGAGAAUGAGCUACCUACGUACGGCUCUCCGCAAGCGAAAUCGCGACCGUCGUAUACAUGGGACGACGAGAAGACUCUAGUCACUGCUCUCAUUGACGACGAAGACGAUCAUGUGGCUGAUCCUGACGCCAAGCUGAGUCGACUAGCAGAUUCUCUUCGCGAGCCCUUUGCGCGGGCUGGAACGGCCCUCAUACAAGAUAUGGCGCAUACACUCCAACCCGCUGUUCAACGUGUCACCUCAGCCCAUCGCACUCUGACCCGGCAUGUCGAUACUGCGUAUGCGACCGGACUCCUGGCCUUCGACGACGCCUGCAAAUUGUUUGAACUAGCCACCAUCGAGGAUCAACAAGCACUACAGCAAGCCUUUACUGCCACAGCGAAACGAAUCAAAGGACUUUUUGAAAGGCUGGAGGAAGCAUAUCGCCACCGCGACAAGCUUUGGACUGACCUGGACACUUACUUGGCUGCUGAGAUCGACCCUGUUAUUGCCUCUCUUGCUGAAGUCCCGUCUGCGACUGAACGUACAAUCAACACUCUUGAGAAACACGCUAGAAACAUGGCCACCAAAGAUGACGAUAGCGCCAAGAUUCAAAGUAUGCUCGCUAAACUGACUUGA